AUGUACCGAUCUAUUCUAUUGUUCUCCCUACUUGCUCUCGUUCUUGCUAAAGUUGCUGAACCUGAGAAAGAUGACCAAGUCGCUGUGAAGAUUCCAACAAAACGGUCAGUCUCCGAACCACCGAAGGAUGACGACGUCGCCGUGAAGAUUCCAAUGCGAAAGAAGCGGGGAAUCGCCAUUCAUCCAUGGCAAUGGGAAUCCCAUCUCUGGCCCAACGGUGAAGUUCCAUACGACAUUGCCUCCCACUACACUGCCACAGAACGAGCAACCAUUUUGUCAGCUAUGGAUGCUUUCAAGGAUGUCACCUGCAUUCGUUUCCGUCCACGCCGUUCCACAGACAGAAAUUAUCUCCAAAUCAACAAACAUUACCAACUCGAACGUUGCUUCUCCUACAUCGGCCGCCAAACCAGCCGUUGGUUGUUCGGAACUCCAGCUGGAAAUGUUGAGACCCGAAUGAAACUCGAUCCAACCUGCCUUCUGUACAAUGGACGGGGAACUGUUAUGCACGAGCUGAUGCACAUCCUUGGAUUCUACCAUGAGCACCAGAGAGAUGAUCGUGAUCGUCGCAUCGGAGGAUCCGCCUUCCACUACAACUUCAAGAUCUACCAACGCGCCAAGUCGUACUAUAUGGGUGGUUAUGAUGCCAACUCGAUCAUGCACUACAACUUCCAAAAUGUUCCAUGGCAAAAGAGAGACUACUUCUCUCCAUCCGACAUUCGCAACAUUAACACUUUGUACAAAUGCAACAAUCGAGUGAUCAGCCGGAUCGCCGCUCCUUCAACGACUCAAUCUACCACCACAACUACUACGGUAAGUGAUACGCAGACAAAUAGACCACCUCGAUUCGAAUUGUACGAGAAGAAGGCGAUCGAAUCGAACAGCUUGUUCCGCAGAAGACGCUCGUAA